UAGACGCGCUCCGAUGAGCGGCUCGAUCCUCGACGAGGAAAAUCGACGGUUCACUUCCGAAGCGUGUUCCGCGUCGGCCGUGCGCGAUAACGUCGAUCGACAGAGGUAACCCACGUGAAUUCGCGAUGGCAGAGCGCGUUUAAGAUCGCCGUUGAUCCUCGAAGGGGUGACAACACGCGAGCGUUUACGCGCGCACGAAAGAGAUCCGAUUGAUUGAAAUUAUACUUAUACGCCGUCUUAUCUCACAAUGAUCGCUCCGAUUGUUAGUUUGAUCAAAUAGAAAAAACGAAGCUUGAAUUCGCGCGUGUUUAGGAUCGCAUAUCGCGAGAAGAAGAGAAAAGGGACGGCGAGGAGGAGCAAGGUGUCUUGCCACCUUGCCAUUUCUUGUCUACGGUUUAAACGCCGACAGGAUGAUCGGACCGUCGUCGGGGGCGGCUGGUGAAGUCACCGAAAGUCGCGCAUCCUCCAAACGGAAGGUCUUCGACGAUCUAGACAUCGACAGCCCUAAACGAAAGAUCUUCGAUGAGUUGGACAUCGACAGUUUCUGCGAGGAGAUCCGCCAGACGAAUCGCAAGCGUUAUCUUCAGGAACUCGAGACGCCGGAGGAAUUAGUGGCUACGUCGAACGAAAUGAUCAGCGACGCGGCAGCCCUCUUCUCACCGAUGUCCGCUCAGGGGAUUGUCGAUGAAUCGCAGGUGGCGCAUCUUGAGGUGUUACUGGUGGAUGGCACCAACUGCACCUGGACGACCAUGUCGGAACUGGAACAGCAGCAAAAUCUGGAC